GAAUGGGCGGUCCGUCAACGGUCGCACUUCCGGGUGGGCGAAUGUUGCUGUCACGUGUUCAGUAGCACGACGCGACGAGGCUAGCAGGCGAACACCUGCGACCUGCUUGCCGUGUUUUGGGGAACAACGACAGCUUUCCAACCCCCACAAUGGGCCCAUGUAGCGUUGUGAGCGUCCUGAAGGGCCGCCGCUAGAACGGCCUCCUCCACAAACACCUCAGCCCAGGACUCCCGGCAGACUCGUCAUGGGGGGAGUAGUCCAGAUGCACUUCACCACGGUGGACUACGUCAUCUUUGCCUUGCUGCUGGUGGCCUCGGCCGGCAUCGGCCUCUUUUACGCCUUCUCCGGCGGACGCCAGCGCACGACACAGGAGUUCCUGAUGGCCGACCGCUCCAUGAGCUGCCUUCCCGUGUCUUUGUCUCUGCUCGCCACCUUCCAGUCGGCCGUGGCAAUUCUGGGGGCGCCGUCCGAAGUGUACACCUUUGGGACUCAGUACUGGUUCUUGGGCUGCUCCUACUUCUUGGGUCUACUCAUCCCGGCACACGUUUUUAUACCGGUCUUCUACCGACUGCGGCUCUCCAGCGCCUACGAAUAUCUGGAGCUGCGCUUUAACAAGACAGUCCGCAUAUGUGGGACUAUGACCUUCAUCUUUCAGAUGGUCAUUUAUAUGGGGGUGGUCCUUUAUGCUCCUGCUUUGGCCCUUAAUGCAGUCACUGGUUUUGACCUGUGGGGAGCAGUGCUUGCCAUGGGACUCGUGUGCACCCUCUACACCGCUCUGGGCGGCCUGAAGGCGGUGAUGUGGACCGACGUGUUCCAGACCGUGGUCAUGUUUGCCGGACAGCUGUCAGUCAUCAUUGUGGGGGCACACCAGGCCGGGGGCAUCGGCGAGGUCUGGAGGAAAGCGAUGAACGGCAGCCGCAUCGCUGGACUGGACCUAAAUCCCGAUCCUUUGGAGCGCCACACCUUUUGGACGCUGGGCGUGGGUGGAGUCUUCCUGAUGCUGGCCCUGUACGGGGUCAACCAGGCCCAAGUCCAGCGAUAUCUCAGUUCCCGCACGGAGAAAGAGGCGGUCAUGUCCUGCUAUGUUGUUUUCCCGUGCCAGCAGAUAGUCCUAUGUUUAGGGUGUCUGAUGGGACUGGUCAUGUUUGCUCGCUACGGAGAAGACAGCCCUUUAGAUAAAGGCUACGUCAAAAGCAAUGAUCAGAUGGUGUUGUACUUUGUGAUGGAUGUGUUCAAGGAUCUUCCCGGACUCCCUGGCCUGUUUGUGGCCUGUCUCUUCAGUGGAGCUCUCAGCACCAUCUCCUCAGCCUUCAACUCCCUGGCAACAGUAACUAUGGAGGACCUCAUUAAACCACAUUUCCCAAACAUGACUGAGUCCAAAGCCACGUUUCUGUCCAAAGGACUUGCUCUGGCUUAUGGUCUGGUAUGUCUGGCCAUGGCCUACCUGGCCUCCCUGAUGGGGUCUGUGUUGCAGGCCGCCUUGAGCAUCUUUGGGAUGGUGGGUGGCCCCCUGCUGGGUGUCUUCUGUCUGGGAAUGUUCUUCCCCUGGGCCAACUCCAUUGGGGCGCUGGUUGGACUAGCAGCAGGCCUCACCAUGGCUUUCUGGGUUGGCAUCGGCAGUUUUCUAAUGCGGGUGCAGAGCUCGGUCCCGCCGCUGGGCACCGUGGCUCCGCCCCCUUUUGAGAACAUGACUACUGCGGUCUUGACCUCGCUGGUCAACGCGACCACCCCCAGACCCAGGCGGACAGGUGUAGAAGCUCUUUAUUCCUUGUCCUACAUGUGGUACAGUGCUCACAACUCCACCGUUGUGGUGGUGGUGGGGCUGAUUGUCAGCCUGCUCACAGGACCGAUGAAGGAGAAGCAGCUCACCCCAGGAACGGUUUAUCCGGUUUUGGGGAAUCUGCUUUUCUUCCUGUCUGAGCGAUACAAAGAGAAGCUGUGCUGCGUCACCCCGCUGGCACAAAAGCCCAAAGAAGUGAACACACCUUACGAGCGGGACAAGACGGGUGAGAAUGGAGCUGCGUACUGCAAAGAGGACACGGUCACGGAGGACAAAGAAAUGGAGAGUGACAGCGCCCAGGAUGAGGAGAGCAGAGCGAGUCGGCCCUUGUGUCAGCUGACCGCUCACAGUGUGGAGGAGACGGCCCUCUAGUCCUCUCUCUUGGCAACUAGACCGUGGGCAACCUGGACGGCCGUCCAAUUAGAGCUCCGUUUGCUCAGACGUCCGCAACUAAAUCCGGUUUUGGGAGAAUUCCACGCCAGUGAGUAAAAGUGGGCUACUGCAAUAAUUAAGUUAUUUGAACUGUUGGGUGAAGUCGUGGUACUUUUUAAAAGAUCUAUUUUUAAUCUCCAAAGACGAGACCAUAAAGUAGCACUUUGCACCGACCUUCCUGAUCUGCCCUCGGUCUAAAGAGCAGACGGACGUAGCUCUUCUCUGACGGCAAGUUCGCUACAAAAUGUCUCAUAUGGGUUAUUUUUCUAGUGACGAUUGACCUACAGUACAGUCCGAGAGUUUGGACUCACCUUCUCCUCAUUCAAUGCCUGUUCUUUUUUUUUUCAUGACUAUUUACAAACUACAAAAGUAGUCACGUUGUGUAAAUAUCUUGUCUUUGCCGUCUAUUCAAUUGAAUAGAAGUUGAAAAGGAUUUGUUGUAUUCUCUUAAUAUUUACCAGGAAAACUAUCGACUUAGCUAUUUAACAAGGAAAUAGCAACCAUUGAGCCAUUUAGCGCAUUAUGCACUCACCCUCAUCUCACGAAAA